ACAGGAAGAUCACACCAUCUCUCACCAUCAUCAGGAUGAAGAACUGAAAGACAUCAAGGUUGAGAUUAAAGAGGAAGAAGAAGAGAGGUUGGUGAGUGGAGAUCAACAGUCUAUGGAGGAGGGGGAGAUGAUUACGGAAAGUAAACAGGAGGAAUCUUCUCUACAUAUAGACACAAGAGGACACAAUGUCCGGAAUUCCUCUGAGGAACAUCUCAUUGUAUCUCCAGAUUAUAAAGCAGAAGAUAAUAACAUUGUACAAUAUUCUCCAGGAGGAAAUCCCGUUACUCCAAAUAUACAUCCCAGACCUUCCCAAUUGGGGGGAUCAAUGGAUCCCUCUAAUCCCGAGGAAUCUUCUGACGGCGAGACUCUAAGAUCUCACAGUACAGAUACUUCAAUAGAUCCGUCUAUUCCCAAGGAAUCUUCUUUAAGCCACAAAGGAGUUCCCACAAAAGAGAGCUCAUUGUCAUGUUCAGAGUGCGGGAAAGUUUUUAGUGGAAACAAAGAACUUCUAAGACACCAAAAAAGCCACAGAGGUGGCCCUCUCUAUUCAUGUUCAGAGUGCGGGAAAUGCUUUAACCACAAAAGUCACUUUGUUACCCACCAGAGAAUUCACACAGGUGAGCGCCCCUUUUCAUGCUCAGCGUGUGGGAAAUGUUUUGCUCGCAAAAGUUCACUUGCAGUACACCAAAAGAUUCACGAGAAGGAGUUCCCUUAUUCGUGUUCAGAGUGUGGAAAACUUUUUAGGGAAAAUGGAGAAGUUCUUGAACACCAGAAAAGCCACACAGUUAGGCCUUUCUAUUCAUGUUCAGAGUGCGGGAAAAGUUUUACUCACAAAAGUCACCUUCUUACCCACCAAAAAAAUCACAAAGGUGAGUGCUCCUAUCCAUGUUCAGAGUGUGGGAAAUGUUUUGCUAGGAAAGGUUUACUUGUAGUACACCAAAAGAGUCACACGAAUGAGCGCCCUUAUUCAUGUUCAGAGUGCGGGGAACUUUUUAGUGAAAACAAAGAACUUCUUAGACACAAAAACAGUCACACGGGUGGGCCUUUCUAUUCAUGUUCAGAGUGCGAGAAAUGUUUUACUCACAAAAGUCACUUUGUUACCCACCAGAGAAUUCACACAGGUGAGCGCCCUUUUCCAUGCUCAGUGUGUGGGAAAAGUUUCGCUCGCAAUAGCUCGCUUCUAGCACACCAAAAGAUUCACAGGAAUGAGCUCCCAUAUUCGUGUUUAAAGUGUAGGAAACUUUUUAGGGAAAAUGGAGAACUUCUUGAACACCAGAAAAGCCACACGAGUGGGCCUUUCUAUUCAUGUACAGAGUGUGGGAAAAGUUUUACUCACAAAAGUCACUUUGUUACCCACCAGAGAAUUCACACAGGGGAGCGUCCCUAUUCAUGUUCAGAGUGUGGGAAAUGUUUCGCUACGAAAGGUUCACUUGUAAUACAUCAAAGGAGUCACACGAAUGAGCGUCCUUUUUCAUGUUCAGAGUGUGGACAAUGUUUCACUGAGAAAGGAAAACUACUUAUACACCAGAGAAAACACACGGGUGAACGUCCCUUUUCAUGUUCAGAGUGCGGGAAAUGUUUUGAUCGUAAAUGUAAACUUAGUGAGCACCAGAGGAUUCACACGGGUGAGCAUCCUUAUUUUUGUUCAGAGUGCGGGAAACGUUUUGUUCUGAGAAGUUCCCUUAUAGUACACCAAAAGAUCCACACAGGUGAGCGCCCUUAUUUAUGUUCAGAGUGUGGGAAAUGUUUCAUUGAGAAGGGGAAACUUCUUAGACAUCAGAGAAUUCACACAGGCGAGCGCCCUUAUUCAUGUCCAGAGUGCGGGAAAUGUUUCUCUCGGAAAAAUAAACUUGUUACGCACCAAAGGAUUCAUACAGGUGAACGGCCCUAUUCAUGCCAAGAGUGUGGGAAAUCUUUUAUUCGGAAAAGUAAACUCGUGACACACCAAAGAAUUCACACGGACGAUCGACGGUAUUCUUGUUUAGAGUGUGGGAAAAGUUUCAUUCAGAAAACAAACCUGGUUAGCCACCAGAGAAGUCACACGGGUGAGCGUAACUUCAUGUGUUCAGAGUGCGGGAAAUGUUUCCGUUUCAAAAGAUCAGUUGAGAUACACGAGAGAAAUCACUCGACCUAACAACCGUUUUCAGGUUCAGACUGGUGUUUUGGGGGGCGUGGCAAAAAUAUUCUGAAUUUUUUCGGGGAACACUUGGGUAGGUCUGGGCCUUCUGGGAUUGAAUUAUAGUGAUAUGACCCACUAAACAUACAAUGCUGUCCCGCACCCACACAACUAAACUGCUAAUCCAUGGCCAGAUAUGAUAAUACAUGGACAACACUUCUUAUUGGUUGAUAUUGACUUUUUAUGUUGUACCUGAAGAAGCCGACUUUUUAUUGGUCCAAGCAAUAUAAGAUUUAAUGUAGAUUAUAGCUUAAUUUUUAUUGUUUGCUAAUCACUAAUUCUGAUUUUCUAAAAUAAACAAGAAAGCAAUUU